AUGGCGAUUGUUGAGAAUUUUAAAAAGUUAUUUAUUAAUACGGUUCCAACAACUCAAACUACUUAUACCACUGCAAUUUCAGAACCAGCAAGAUCAACCGAGAAACUUAAAAUCUUGCCCGUAACUGUUGGUGUUCACCAUUCUACCCCAGAUUUAUUAGACAAUCAUUCAAUUCAUUCGUCAUUCCUUUCAAGUCAAGAAGACGGUAUUUCUGCUAAUGACUACAUUAUGACUGCCGAGACUACUACCUCAGAAUUUAUUCAAGAGUCGUCAAUAUCAUUUGAUGCAAAUCUAAAUGAUUUUUAUCCCGACCUACCUUCUAACUAUAAAUUGGUUUGUACAUUAGGUGAAGGUGCCUUUUCUACUGUCUAUAAGGCAAUAGAUAUCGAUAAUAAUACAACUGUUGCCAUAAAGAUUAUCGAAAAGGCUAAUUUAUCGGCAAAACAAUUUCAUAAUAUUAAGAAUGAAAUUCAAAUUAUGAAACGUCUUGAUCAUCCAAAUUUAUUAAAGUUGGUUGAUUCUAUUGAUACUUUGGAUCAUUGCUUUUUGGUAUUGGAACAUUGUGACGGUGGAGAAAUAUUCAAUAAGAUUAUUGAAUAUACGUAUUUUUCCGAAGAAUUAUCAAUUCAUGUAUUUAAACAAUUAUUAUCUGCAAUUGAAGAAUUACAUAAAUUAAAUAUUGUUCAUCGUGAUAUAAAACCAGAAAAUUUAUUAUUUAAAAAGAUUCCUUAUUUCCCAAGAUCAAAGGAAACAUUCAAAAAAUCAUUACGUAGAUCAGACGAUGAAAAUAAAGCUGAUGAAGGUGAAUUCAAACCAAAUAUUGGUGGUGGUACUAUAGGUUCCAUUAGACUUGCUGAUUUUGGUCUUGCUAAACAAUUAGUUGACGAUGUAAAUGAUGUUCAUUUAAAGACUCCUUGUGGUACAGCCGGCUAUACUGCUCCAGAAGUCAUAACUUGUAACACUCGACAUUUCUUACUCAAGAAAUCCAAGAAUUAUUAUUCAAAAUCAGUUGAUAUUUGGUCAUUAGGUUGUUUCUUAUAUACUAUCUUAUGUGGAUUCCCACCAUUUUAUGAUGAUGAUUCUAAUAAUUUAACCAUCAAGAUCCUAAAAGGAGAUUUUGUUUUCUUAAGACCAUGGUGGGAUGAAAUCAGUACUGAUGCCAAGGAUUUAAUUUCAAGAAUGUUGACAAUUAAUCCAGAUGCAAGAAUUACAAUUGAUGAAAUAUGGAGACAUCCUUGGUUACAAUCGGAAAAUAAACAAUCAUUACCAGAACCAAAAGAACCUACACAUUAUUUCGAAACUAAGAGCUAUGAAGUAUAUCACGUUGAAGAGAAUACUAUGGCAGCUACUGUACUUGCUGGCGGAGCUGUGGCAUGUGGUCAAGCGAUGGAUUCACCUAGAGCAAAUGCUAUUCGAAAGGUGUUUGAUAAUCCGGCAAUGACCGAGGAAAACUUGGUAGCUGCGCAUGAUGUUGGCGAUUUAUCAGAAAUUUCCGAAGAAGAUGCUGAUAAGGAAGAAGAGGAAGAAGAGGGAGAAGAAGAAGAGGAGGACCAGGGAGAUAGCAGCAGCGAAGAGAACGAUGAUGACGAUGAAGAAGAAAGUCCUGAUCCCCAGGAUCAACAGCCACAGCAUGUUGGAUAUUUGAGAACACCAUAUCCCAAAGCCAUGAAUGAGAUGUUUGAUGAUGAUGAUGCAGAAGAAGAAGAUGAAGUAGAAGAAGAUGAUGAAGUAGACGAAGUUUCUGAAUUGGGACAAAAGUUAACCAAUAUAAAAACUCGUGCAAGAGGCCGUAGUAGUUCAUCAAACAAGAUUAAAAAACAUCAUGAAUCAUUAUUUGCGCCUCAAUACUUAGAACCCGACCAGUAUUUAUCUACCACCACCACCAAUUCUUCAAUUGAAUCAUCUGGGUUCGAUAUGGAAAAUCAUACUAGAUCAUCAUCCAUUAUAUCUGGUAUUAAUGGAGAAUCGAUCACGUUUAAUUUGAAUCUUAAUGAUUCCAACUUGUUAUCUAGAAGAAAAUCGUCAAAGAAAAAUAGCGACGUUUCAAAUGGUAUGGGUCCAGCUUCUGGACUUCAACAAAGUUGUCAAUGUGCUUAG